AUGCCCAAGCCCCAUACGGAAUAUUUUCUGGAACUUGGUAUUCAAAUUCAUGCCCCAAGCUCAAUUCCCAUUAAGGUUCAAAUAAAUGACGGGGACGAAAUGGUCACCAAGGAGAAAAGUCGUCCCUUGUGUCGGAUAAGCUACAAAAAAGCUACCGGCAAUCAAGGCUUGUCGGAAGGCACCUCGGGUUUCAAAAAUUUUUAUAUCUGCAUAUCCAACGACAAAGGUCUGGUAGUUGGCGUCGUUGUGAGUGCACAGCUUCCGGCGACAAGUUAUUUGAGGAUAUCCAUCGUCGAAAAGGUUGUCGGAUCGCCAUUGCUGUUCUAG